UCUCAUACCGGUGAACCAUGGAGCUGCUUGUAAAUGUAAGAAAAUGGAUAGAAGAAAACAAAGCUGCUUUUUUGCCCCCAGUGUGCAAUAAGCUUAUGCACUGUCAGAAGCUGAAUGUGAUGUUUGUUGGAGGACCAAACCAAAGGAAGGAUUAUCAUAUUGAAGAAGGAGAAGAGUUAUUUUACCAGGUGGAAGGAGACAUGUGCUUGAAGAUCAUUGAAAAUGGAAACCACAGAGAUAUCCACAUCAGAGAAGGGGAGAUGUUUCUCCUACCUGCCAGGAUACCACAUUCUCCUCAGAGAUAUGCAAAUACUGUGGGACUCGUGGUUGAGAGGAAAAGGCUAAACACAGAAACAGAUGGACUUAGAUAUUAUGUUGGAGAAUCAACCAACGUCCUGUUUGAAAGGUGGUUUCAUUGUGAGGAUCUUGGCACCCAACUUAUACCGAUAAUCCAAGAGUUUUUCAGCUCAACACAAUAUCACACUGGAAAACCAAAUCCAGAUGAUCUCCUGAAAGACACCCCUUUCCCACUAAAUGCCACUGGAGUCAUGGAUCCAUUUUCCUUCCAAAUCUGGCUAAAUGAUCAUCGUGGAAAAAUAAAUCAGAAGAAAUCCUUGACCAUGUUUGGAGACAACUUUGAGACAGAGGCUGUAGUUUAUGGAGAAGGAGUAAGUGAAGGAAGCAAGAAGAAUGCUGAUAUCUGGAUAUGGCAGCUGGAAGGCACAUCUGUUGUUACUAUGGAUGGUAAAACACUGAGUCUAGCUGCUGAUGACAGCCUGCUCAUCCCUGCCCUGUCUAGGUAUCACUGGAAGAGAGCGGAAGGAUGCAUUGCUCUUUACAUUACUCAAGACCCAAUACGCAAAAGACCCUAUGCCUAAUUUCUGGGAACAUAAAGUAAACAUUGAUGAUCAAAAACUUUAUCCCACAUAGAUAAUUUUAAAGAUGUUGCUGACAGGGCUGCUCAGAAACUGAAUUACAUGUCUAAUAAAAAUGUUACAAUGAAAUUUUGGUUUCAAGCAAUAGAUUCAAUUAAAUGUAAAACAUGUAUACUAUAUGCUGCAUGAUAAACUGACAGCUAUGAGUUAUUUGCUUAAAACUCAGAAGACUCAUUAUUCCAAAAGAAACGUGAAACUGAUUUAAGUAAUGCAGCCAAAAUGUACAGAUUUAUAUACUUGAUCUUGAAAGCUAAAGCUAGACAAAUUCAUCCUGGAAAUAAGGUGUACAUUUUUAACAGUGAG